AUAUCUAUUUUAUAUUCAUAUUUUUAUACAUUAUAUAUAAUUAUUUAUAAUUCAUAUAUUUAUUUAUAUUUAGUUUUAUGCUCUUUUACCGAAUAAAAGCAAUAAUAUUUAUAAGAGAAUGUUCAAUAUAAUUAAAGAAGCUGCCUUGAGAAAUGAUCUGGCUUUUAAACUAAAAACAAUUCAAAUUGAUUUUGAAAUAGGAAUGACUGUUGCCAAAAAAGAUUUAUUAAGAUAUUACACAGAAAUAAAAGGAUGCCUUUUUCAUUUUGGGAAAUCUAUAUGGCGUCAAGUACAAACAUUUGGAUUGGUGCACGAUUAUUAUACACAAUGAUGAAGUAAAAAUACUGUUCGACGAAUAUAUGCCUUAGCUCUAUGUAUAAUAAUAUAGUAUAACCUACUUUUAUUUUUAUAUAAUAUAUCUACUGCAAUGUAUUAAUAACCAUUUAUACAUGACAAAUUUAUAUAUACUUUUAUUUUUUAAUAAGUCGGCAAAUUGGGAACAUGUAAAUAAAUAGUCGGCGAACUGGGAUGUCGGCGAAUUGAGAGUCGGCGAACUGGGAUUCGGCAAAUUGGGAUUCGACGACGUGGGAAGUCACGAAUUUAACACAUCCAUUAUAGGGGCAACUUCCGAGUGCGUCCCGAAAUGUCCCUUAUUUAAUGUUCCGAAUGCGUCCGGAAUAAGGUCUCGCCCAAGUGCGUCCCAAGAGAAAAAGGUCACUACUUUGACGUAGCCCAAAAAUAUAAAUAUAUCUAAAUAAAUAAAUUAUAUCUAGAGAUUUGUUCAGUUUUGUAUUUUCGUAUUUUAUUGACUGAUCUAAUUUUUUAGAUAUAUGAUUAGAAGUUUGAAUCAAAACGUUUGUGUCUAUUUUAAUUUUUGUUAACAUUUCUAAGAAGGAAUAUAUGUCCGGAUGAGGUGUGUAAAAACAUGAAUUCAAUUUUGAAUGGAAGCUUUACACAUCACUACACAUAUUGCACGUGGUUGUCAAAGACUAGUUACGAAUAGUAUGUUUCUACGUAUGGAAAUAAAUGUAAACUAACACAUUGCAAUAUUAUUAGUUAUCAAUGCAUUUUAUCCAUAAAGAUAAAUAUUGUUAGCAAUAAUAUCGCAUUGCUGCAUGUGCGUGUGGAAAUGGACAACAAUCGGUCGACCGACUGAUUAUUCUCUUUUGAGACAGGAAUACAACAUGCUGACUCAUAACUAAUCAACAAAUUACAAACCAUCGUCUUCAAAACUAUAAUACCUAGAUUAUCUAGUUACUGCGUUAUUGUACGAAAAAUAAAUAAGAUUUGUACAGACCAAUAAAAUACGCGUGACGACGUCUGUGGCGAAACGAAUAACUAAUAUGAGCGAUCUACCUGGUAGUUCGAAAACGCGUCUAGGCGAUAAAUUGUUCACAUGCAACAUUUGCAACAUGACGUUCACUCUAAGCAGCCAUCUUAGUAAGCACCGGCGAACACACACAGGCGUAGAGCCGUACCCAUGUGAUAUUUGUGAUAAAUCGUUUGCCGAUAACAGCCAUUUGAUGAAGCAUCGACGGACGCAUGCAGUGGAAAAACCGCACACGUGUGAAUUUUGCGACAUGUCUUUCGCUCAAAUCAGGCAUUUGAACAAACACCGGCGAUCACAUAUGGGCGAUAAACCAUUCCCGUGCGACAUGUGUGACAAAGCGUUCGCUGAUAACAGCCACUUAACAAGACACCGACGGACUCAUACUGGUGAGAAACCUUACCCGUGUGGCGUGUGUGAUAAGUCAUUUGCUGAUAGCGAUGGUCUGACGAAACACUGGCGGUGGCACACGGGUGAAAGACCUUACCCUUGCAAUGUGUGUGAAAAGUCGUAUGCUGAUAGCAGUAGUCUGACGAAGCACCGGCGGUCGCACACCGGUGAGAAGCCAUACUCGUGUGAUGUUUGUGACAAGUCAUAUUCUCAAAGUAGCCAUCUAACAAAGCAUCGACGGACUCACAUAACUGAUAAACCGUUCCCGUGCGACAUGUGCUUUAAGUCGUUCACUGAUAAUGAUUUUCUUAUAAAACACCGGCGGACGCAUACGGGCGAAAAACCAUACCCCUGUGACGAGUGUGACAUGUCGUUCGCCCAAAGUAGCAAUCUGACAAAGCAUCGGCGGACGCACACCGGCGAAAGACCAUAUCCAUGUGACAUAUGCGAUCAGUCGUUUGCUGUUAGCGCUAGUCUUACUAAGCAUCGACGGACGCAUACCGGCGAAAAACCAUAUCCGUGUGAGGUGUGCGAUAAAUCUUUCGCUGAUAGUGGAAGUCUGACAAAGCACCGCCGGAUACACACAGGUGAAAAACCUUAUUUAUGUGACAUAUGCGAUAAGUCGUUCGCUAUUAACGGUAAUCUGACGAAGCAUCGCCGGAUACACACGGGUGAGAAACCUUACUUAUGUGAUGUAUGUGAUAAGUCAUUUGCUGAUAGCAGUGGUCUGACGAAGCAUAAGCGUACGCAUACGGGCGAGAAACCUUACACGUGUGACGUGUGCGAAAAGUCGUUCAGUGAUAGCGGUACCCUAAAAAAGCACCGGCGAAUAAAGCAUACGCAACCAGAGCAAUCAAUUUUGGCAAACAUGUUAAAAGAUGUCACGACUGUAUCCAACGCAUGAUUGUGGAAAAAAUUAUAUUUUUAAUGUUAAUAAUACUAUUACCACGAAAUCGCCAAAAGUUAUAUUUAUUAGUAUAUUCACGCAUUAAUAUAAAAGGUGAAUACAAAAAGGGUAAUAGGACGAUCGCCCCUUCUAUUUAUGUUGAUUCUUGAUAAAUUAAAAUAUGUAUUGAUUUAAAAUUCUAGUUUUCAAAAUUAAGUACAUAUACGUUGUAUUUAGUUAUGGUAGCAUAAAUACUAUUAAUUUAGGGCCAGAUCUAGGGGGGAUUAUUAAUAACAGUGGCAUAUUAGAUGGGAGCUGAAUUAUAAAAGAACGCUAAUUUUAUACUUUGCCCCAGAUAAGAAAUAUGCUUGAUUUGAUCCUGACUAUUACACUAGAUAUUAAAAGGACGUAGUACCCGCAUGUGUUGUCUCCGUCUUACACACGUGAGACAUUGCAAAUUUUUGUUCACAAGUUUCAAUAUUGUGCUGUUAGUUUUGAUAUUAGAGUGACUGACCUAUUAUACUAUUUUAUAAUAAGAUUAUUAUCCAGGGCCGCACAUAGUCUUUUAUUGAUAUUAUUAUUUUUAAGGAAGUUAUGAUCAUUUAAAAAUGUACAGUUUCAAAAAGAUCAUAACUUACUUAAAAAUAAUUUGCUAAAUACAUUUUGAUAAAUUUAUUAUUUAGUUAUGGUAGUAUAGGAACUAUUAUACUUACUAUAUAAUAUAAAUGAUAAAUAUUAGUAAGUAAAUAAAUUAUUAACAAAGACAUUAAAAAUUAUUUUAUGUAUUAUGAUAAAUUAAUUAACCAAGUAUGAAACUUAAUUAUUAUUUUUAUUUUAUCAUUUGCGGGAGAUAGCCCCUUCAAUAUGUAUAUAUUUAUAAGUUAAUGUAGUUUCAUAAUUUAAAAUCAUACCCGACUUUUAUACACUCCUAAAACCUUUUAAGAUAAUUAUAUUCUGUAAUUUUUCAACAAUAAAUUUUUAUUUAUUUUUCUAUGUUCCAUUAUUGAAUAUUCUGUAUUCACUUUUGACAAGAUGACACCAGUAAAUGAACACUCCUAGUAAAUGAAAAUUUGUUUUUAUAUAUUGUUAUAAGUUUUUUUUUAUUUUACUUUAAGCUAGAAAGUUUGUUUUAUAUUUAUAUCCAUUUGUAUUGAAAAGAGUUGACAACUUAACUGAUAAAAUAUUUAUUAAUUGUUAUUGUUUAUUAAAAUUUUAAAAGAUAUUCCUAUAUACUUACUUAGUUUUUAUUGAUUUUUAAUAAAUGUAAUUAUAUACUGUUUGAUAAAUGAAGGGUAUACAAUUUUAAAAUACAUCUAUCUAUCUUAUUAUAUAAAUUGGAAAGCAGUAAAAUUUAAAAAAAAAUUAUCUUACUUUAAAUUGUUAAUAGUUGUGUUCAUUUACUAGAAAUAAAUGUUUUUAUUAUUUGUGUAUAAGCUAUUAGUAUAUCUUAAUUGUUAAAUUAUAUUAACACAAAAGUUAACAAUGUUCGGUAAAUAAUCAUGAUAUGGGGGUUUUUCUGUUGAUUAAAGUGCAAUGGAUGUAAUAAAUCUUAAUUAAUGUUCAUAUAUUAUUUUACUUGUAAUAUUGAUAUUAUAUAAUAUUGUUAGCUAAUAAAGUAAAAUAAAAUAAAAUAAUGGUUUAAUUA